AUGUUGUGGCACGAUCGAGCGCAAGUUUCAUCGGAAUAUGUGGAUCAUCCAAUCGAUUCAUCUCAGUGGGAAAAAAUGAAAUUGAAGUUUCUGUUGUUUGCCGCGGAAGGAAGAAAUGUUUGGCUUGGAAUAUCAACAAAUGGGUUUAAUCCUCAUGGUGUACGGACUUUGAGUUGGAGUUGUUGGCCUGUGAUCCUUGUGGUUUAUAAUCUUCCUCCUUCUAUAUGUAUGAAGUUUGAAUUCCAAAUGAUGACUCUGUUGAUACCUGGGCGUAAGUUACAGGGUCAAGACAUUGAUGUUGUUUUGCGGCCGCUGGUCAAGACACUAAAAAAACUUUGGCAUCAAGGUGUACAAGCUUUUGAUUCGUUGAAAAAUGAGUAUUUUACUCUGAAAGCAACUCUAAUGUUUAGAAUUCAUGACUUUCCUGCUCAAGACGAAACUCGAAGUACUCAUCUAGGUUACGACAGCAAGAUUGUGUACACUAACUAUCGUAUAUUCCUUAAGUCAAGGCACCCAUUUAGGGAUGGGACUUAUUUGGGAUUAGAGACACAUGAGCACAAAAGUGCACUGCUGAGACUAACAGGAGCGCAGUCGCUUGAGAAGUUGGCUGAUGUUCAUUACGAACCUGGGAAGUUAGUGGUCCGCAAGACAGGUAAACGAAAGAGAUAUCAGUCUGAUAAAGAGGAAUAUGAUUCUGAGCUUGUCACAGGAGAGAAAGACUUGCGCACUGCGCUUCAACAAGUCAGUUUGUAUUUUAGAAUUUUGUGCUCAAAGGUGGUAAGAAGAGAGUGUCUGAACCAGGCUAAGUGCAUGAUUGCAGAGGCCAUGUGUGUGCUCGAAAAGUAUUUCCCGGCUGGAUUUUUGGAUAUAAGCGUGCACAACAUGGUUCAUUCGGAUGAUGAGGCCUUAGUUUGUGGACCUGUUAGGUAUCGAUGGAUGUACCCAUUCGAAAGGGGAAUGAAGGAGUGCAAAAGCAUCCCAAAUAACAACAGAUAUAUUGAAGGGUCAAUUACGAAGUCGAUUGAAAUGGAUGACUAUGUUAGAUUUUCCAUGGAGCACAUGAAAAAUGCCGAUAAAGGAGGUCACAAAGUAAAUUUGGAUCCCUUCUUAAAGGAUGAACGUGAAUUCAACGAUAUGGGUUCUCUGCUUGAUGAAAAUCCGGUUCAGGUGAGCCAUAUUCAGUGGAUGCAGAUACGUCGGUCGGUAAUUUUUCGGAAUGAUCCAGAAGGUCUCGAUGUUUAUUACAGGGAUAAUUGCGAGAACUGUGAAUCUGAUGGGGUUGCAAUGGAGGAAGUCGAGAUGCAAACCAAGUUCCUUAGUUGGCUGUAUGAAAAGAUGAGAAACAAAAUGGAUACAGAUUUGUGGCGUUACGUUAGAGGUCCAGCGUCUCAGAAAGAGUACAAAAGAUACCGUGUGAAUGGAUUUAGUUUUUUUUCCCAAGAAAACCAGGAAAAGGCUAAGACCCAGGACAGUGGUGUCACCGUGGUUUCAUCGACCACUUUUAGGAGCUCGAAAAGGGACAAAAGUCUGGUUACUAACCUAACUCGGUGGUAUGGGGUGAUCAGACAAAUCCUAGAGAAUGGAACAAAGAUCUGUCAGGAUUCAGAUUUUCCUUCGGUAAAUCUUUCAAUAUUGAAAAUUCAUACCAAAAUUUCGGACGAGCCCGUGAUUCUAGAUGAAGAGACUGCCCAAGUUUUCUACUCCAGAGACGUGAAACAUCCAGAUUGGUGGGUUGUUAUUCAUACGCCGAGAGGAUUGACUGCAGAUGUAGACAAAGCAGAGAUACCAGGUCACGACAGUUUCCAAGAUAUUUUACAAGAAGAACCACAUCUAUGUAAAUUGUUGGAGCAAAAGCGUCUCCCUAGAACAAAGAAAUGA